GUGAUUCCAUGGGAGUCACGGAAAGCUUCUCAGUUUGUCCCAGUGUUUUACCGUAGAAGCUUCCGGUGCAGGUCUCGUUGCCGGAUGUGUUUUGGGUAACUGCGGCAGAUUCUACACGUGAGAGUUUGAAAGACGCAUGACAUUUCGCAUUUUAAAUUAACAAAUGAAACGCAGAAUGAGACCAACUGCUGUCUAGCAAGUUAAAGAUGCUGAGCGAUUCAGAGGCCACCGAGCUGCUCUCCUUUCUGACACCUGCGACGCGACCUGACGUCAAAGGUCACACCACCAGCUACAUCCUGGGCUUGUCAGGAAACAGAGAUGGCUGCCGCUUCCUCCGCACCAAACCUGACUUCAUAGCCGCUCUUUUUGCACUGACGUCCGACCCCUCCAUCGCCAUCGCAAAGGACUGCUACCACAUCCUAAUCAACCUGUCGGCCGACGAGACUCUGCACCAGGUGUUGGUGACAGACGUUGGUAUGGUGCCCUCACUGCUCAAGAACCUCAAGGAUCCGCAGUACCCGUUUUCCGACCAGAUCUGCACCAUCCUUUCCAACCUGACGCGCCACGAGAAGACAUGCAAGACACUCUUCAAGGUGCUCCAGGAGGAGGUUGGCCUGGCUCAGCUGGUGGACAUGUUGUGUACGGAGGCUUUCAACCCUCACGCCAAGCUGCAUUACCUUGCUCCUCUGCUGUCCAAUCUCACGCAGCUGCCAGAAGCUAGACGCUUCCUGAUGGACAAAGACAGGGGUGUGGUCCAACGUUUGUUGCCCUUCACACAGUUUCAGGCGUCAGCGGUGCGGCGUGGAGGAGUCAUUGGCGUUCUGCGCAACUGCUGCUUUGACUAUGCAAAUCAUGAGUGGCUACUAAGUGAUCAAGUGGACAUCCUGCCCUUCCUGCUGCUUCCAUUGGCCGGUCCGGAAGAACUGAGUGAGGAGGACAAUGAAGGUCUGCCUGUGGACCUUCAGUACCUGCCGGAGGACAAGAAGAGAGAAGAGGACCCCGAUAUCAGGAAAAUGCUCUUGGAAACACUCAUGCUGCUGACGGCAACGAAAGAUGGCCGACGGACUAUGAAGGACAAGAACGUGUACGUCAUCAUGAGGGAAUUCCACCGAUGGGAGAAGGACCCCAGAGUCACCACCGCAUGUGAAAAACUGGUUGAGGUGCUGAUCGGGGACGAGCCGGAGCAGGGCAUGGAGAACCUGCUGGAGGUCAACAUUCCGGAUGACGUGCAGGAGAAGCUGAAGGAGGCCGACGUCAGAGAGCAACGGGAGCUGGAGGCCGAAGAGGAGAGGACACGAAAACAAUAAGAGGAGGAGCAGAUGAACAUCAGUCAGGAAUAAUGUCACUUAGGAUAUACAGUAUUUUCAAAAACAAGUUUUUUUAAUGUAGCAUAUAAACUGGAAACUACACACCUAAAUCGACUUUAUUGAUAACCUGUGCCCAACAAUUACUACAGAUAAAAGAGGUAAUCACCCAUU